GCGGCGAGCGAACUACCGGCGGCCGGAGGAAGCGGGGGCGGCGGGGCCGGGGCCGGGAGCGAGGCAGAGUCCCGGGAUCGGGAUGCGGCCGCGGCCCGGGACGCCGCCUCGUUGCCCGGAGCGACACCAUGCACCCGGCCGUGGCGGUGGGGCUGGUGUUCGGCGGCUGCUGCAGCAACGUGGUGUUCCUGGAGCUGCUGGCCAGGCAGUUCCCAGGAUGUGGGAACAUCGUGACCUUCUCCCAGUUCCUGUUCAUUGCAGUGGAAGGUUUUAUCUUCGAGGCCAAUUUCGGGAGGAAGCGCCCGGCCAUCCCCAUCAGGAACUAUUUCAUCAUGGUGGCUAUGUUCUUCACCGUCAGCGUGGUCAAUAACUACGCCCUGAACCUGAACAUCGCGAUGCCGCUGCACAUGAUCUUCCGCUCGGGUUCUCUCAUAGCAAGCAUGGCUCUAGGGAUCAUCAUCCUGAAGAAAAGGUACAGCGUGUCAAAAUACAGCUCCAUAGCCCUGGUGUCCCUGGGCAUCUUCACCUGCACCUUCAUGUCUGCAAAGCAAGUGGCGUCUGACUCCAGCUUAAAUGAAGAAGAUGGACCCCAGGCUUUCCUCUGGUGGUUGCUGGGUAUUGCUGCCCUCACCUUCGCCCUGCUGAUGUCUGCCAGGAUGGGGAUUUUCCAGGAGACGCUGUACAAGAAAUUUGGGAAGCACUCCAAGGAAGCCCUGUUCUACAACCACGCGUUGCCACUCCCUGGAUUCCUGCUCCUGGCUCCCAACAUUUACCAGCACGCCGUGCUCUUCAACCAGUCUGAGCUGUUCCAGGUGCCGGUGAUCGGCCUGACCCUGCCAAUCAUGUGGUUCUACCUCCUCAUGAACGUCAUCACCCAGUACGUCUGCAUCCGCGGCGUCUUCAUCCUGACCACGGAGUGCACGUCCCUCACGGUCACCCUGGUGGUGACGCUCCGCAAGUUCGUCAGCCUCAUCUUCUCCAUCCUCUACUUCCAGAACCCCUUCACGGGCUGGCACUGGCUGGGCACUGCCUUUGUCUUCGUGGGCACCCUGAUGUACACCGAGGUGUGGAACAGCCUCGGGCCCCUCCUGGCGCGCUGCCGGAGGAGCAGCAGGCCCAAGGAGGAGUGAAUCCAGGGAUUUUUCCGCAGGGAACUUUCUGUUGUUUUCCAGAGCGGAGCAGCAGGGAGCCCCCCACCCCGGGGGGGGUGUUUUGAUAACAGGGGAGGUGUUGGCUGUGCCAAGCUCCUGGGAAAACGGGGAUCCUCCGCUGGGAACUUGGGGAAGGGAUCAUGGAGAAACAAUCUGGGUGUUUUUUGCGAGUUGGCAUUUUUUUAUGUGACCCCUUUUGCUUCUAAUUUUUCCUCCCUUAUUUUUUUUUUUUCCCCCAUUGGACUAGCCCUUUUUAAGGAGAAGCUGAUCCAGGGCUUUGUUGGGAGCCCAACUCCCGUGCUGUUGCCUUGGAUCAGCUGGACCCUGAGCCAGUUUGGUGCCAUCCUUUAAUUGUCCCGGUGUCUGGAGCUGAUGGCUGAGCCCCAUUCCAGUGGGAAUCCCUGAGCCCUGUGCUGGCAGGAUGUGGGAUACAGCCCCAGCUGGAGCUUCCAGUCUGCCCAGUGGAUCCUGAAAGGGCUGGGUUUCCUUUCCCAGUUCUCCUUCCAUCCCUUGGGAUCAGCUUCCUCAUGGCUUUUGUGCCAGCUUGGCACAGCCUCCCUGUCCCUCAGUGUCACCCUGGCUGGUUUUCCUGGAGCUUCCCUGCAGUUUUCCUGGAGCAGCACCUUGUUCCCGUGGUGGUGCUGCUGUCCCUGCUCAGCUGGGACAGUUGAGGCAGCCAGGAGGGAUGAAGGGGUUUUAAUAGCAAAGGAAAAACGAUGGAAAAAAAAAAAAAUCCCAAAGUGAUGUAAGGGCAACACCUCCCUCCCAGGCAUUCCCUGAGCCAAGGUCACCUUUCCAAAACCUCUUCCCUCUAUUUUUACUGCUGAUUUUUGUCAGCUGUCUGGGAUAAUCCCCUUCCCAGCUUUCCAUGGCCUCAUCCUUGCUGGGAGGCAGAGUGGGAAAAGGGAAAGGCUCCAUGCUGUGCUGGGAGCAACCCCAAAUCUCGGUGUGGGAAAAGGGAAUUCCGUCCCUCGCAGAGCCAGCGAGGUGCUGCCAGGACCUGCAGCUCCAUCCUGAUGUCCUGAAGGAUUUUUUUUCCCCCAGUUUCCAUUUUUCCUGAGCCUGAAAAAGCUGAAUUUCAAGUGCCAUGGGAUUUUCCCAGGGAUUUCGUAGACGGGGAGGCUGACCUGGUGUAGGUCAGGUGUUGUUCCAGCUGUUUGUGGUGGCUCCUGGAAGGACCCAGAGAGAGGCAAAACCUUUAUCCCUGAUUUUCAUCUUCCAGGCUCUUCACACGGAGCUUCAGCUGGGAUUGGGGAGGUGGGGAAGCCAACAGAAAUUCGGGAUGAAGGAUUUUGGGAACAGGGAGUAACUGGUGAGGUUCUUCAGAAAUCAAACCCGGUGGGGAAACACCGGAGCUGUAACUCAAGGCCAGUGGGUGUUUUAUCCAGGGAUUGUUUUAUCCAGGGAUUGUUUUAUCCAGGGAUUGUUUUAUCCAGGGAUUGUAGGUUGCAGGGAUUGUUGGAUCCAGGGACUGAGCAGAGCUGGCACAGAGCUGCUCCCAUCCUGUGCAUCCUCUGGGUCACUCUUCCUCUCCAGGACCUUGCAUGUUGUCCCCAAUUCCCGUGGGACACGGGAAUAUUGGGGGGAUUUGGGCACUCCUGUUUUUUUUUUUUACCAUGUGCUUUUCACUCCCAACACAUCAACCAUGGGUUGUUUGUUGCUGUCAGGGUCAUUUUUUUAACUUCCCGGCGUGAUCAGUGCGUUUGGAAUAUUUAUGGAGUCGCGGGAGUGGCAGCAAUUCCCUUCCUGCUGGAGGACAGAGGAGGAAAGGUCCAGGCAGAAGGGCCUUGUUAGCCAAAAUUAAUUAAACCCAGGCUCCCCCUCCAGGCUGGGGCUGCUGAUUAGUUUGGUUUUAAUGUUUGUGUAGAGAUCAGAGCACCUAUUUUUUAGCAGAGGCUGGAAAAGGGAAGGAGCCCGACCGCUUUUGGGGUGGCUGGUUGGGUUUAGGGUGGGCUUUGGGUUGGUUUUUUUAAAGUGAAAUAAAUCUGUUUCCUCUUCA